ACAUCCCUCCCUCCUCCGGCCCCCGGGUGUCCCCGUGACGAGGCUGCACCGAGCAGCCGCGGGCCGGGCCCAUCCCGCCGCAGCAGUCCUGGGGCGCAGUAGAGGUGAGGCGGGUGGGGGCCAGCAGCGCACAGAGAGCCCCAGAACGCCGCCAGAAUGGUGCUGGAAGGAACCCCUGACGUGGGCUCCCCCCGAACCUCAGACCUCCAGCACCCGGGGAACAAGGGCUCUUGCAUCCUCUCUCCUGGUGAAGAAGCGCUGGCAGGCGAGGAACCCAUCAAGUAUGGUGAACUCAUCGUUCUGGGCUACAAUGGGUGUCUGGCAAGUGGAGACAAGGGCCGCCGCCGAAGCCGCCUGGCACUGAGCCGCCGGCCACAUGCCAACGGAGUGAAGCCAGAUGUCAUGCACCACAUCUCCACACCACUCGUCUCCAAGGCCCUGAGUAACCGAGGCCAGCACAGCAUCUCAUUCACACUGUCCCGGAGUCACUCAGUCAUAGUGGAGUACACACAUGACAGCGACAAAGACAUGUUCCAGAUUGGCCGCUCUACUGAAAACAUGAUUGACUUUGUGGUAACAGACACAUCUCCUGGUGGAGGGGCUACAGAGGGCCCUUCUGCCCAAAGUACCAUCUCCCGCUAUGCCUGCAGAAUUCUCUGUGACCGCCGGCCACCCUAUACUGCCCGAAUCUACGCUGCUGGCUUUGAUGCCUCUAGCAACAUCUUUCUUGGAGAGCGGGCAGCCAAAUGGAGGACUCCUGAUGGUCUAAUGGAUGGCUUGACAACCAACGGGGUUCUGGUGAUGCACCCAGCAGGUGGCUUCUCCGAGGACUCUGCCCCAGGUGUCUGGAGGGAGAUUUCUGUCUGCGGGAAUGUGUACACACUUCGGGAUAGCCGAUCAGCUCAGCAGCGGGGGAAGCUGGUGGAAAACGAAUCCAACGUCCUGCAAGACGGUUCGCUCAUCGACCUGUGUGGGGCCACACUGUUGUGGCGCACUCCAGCAGGGUUGCUGAGGGCACCCACACUGAAACAACUGGAGGCCCAGCGACAGGAGGCCAACGCAGCACGGCCCCAGUGCCCUGUAGGCCUUAGCACCUUGGCCUUCCCCAGCCCAGCCCGUGGCCGCACAGCACCCGACAAACAGCAACCCUGGGUCUACGUCCGUUGUGGUCAUGUCCAUGGCUAUCACGGCUGGGGCUGCCGGAGGGAGCGAGGCCCCCAGGAGCGAGAGUGUCCUCUCUGCCGCCUUGUGGGACCCUAUGUGCCACUGUGGCUCGGCCAGGAGGCCGGUCUCUGCUUGGACCCUGGGCCACCCAGCCACGCUUUUGCACCCUGUGGUCACGUCUGUUCGGAGAAGACUGCCCGCUACUGGGCUCAGACACCGCUGCCGCACGGCACCCAUGCUUUCCACGCUGCCUGCCCCUUCUGUGGAGCUUGGCUCACCGGUGAGCUUGGCUGUGUCCGCCUCAUUUUCCAGGGGCCACUGGACUAGGCUCUCCCGGGGCCCUUGCUGCCAUGCUCGCCUGCCCACCCAGGUCCCCCAUCUCCUGCUGUUCAGAGGGAGCUCUGCAUGUGGGACUCUGCCUGCUGGCAAUAGCCACGGCAGUUGGAAGCAUUGGUUGGGCUGUGGCCCUCCCCUCGGGCUCUCGCCUCUCAGAGGGUCCCUGAGAUCUCGAUCCCAGUCAUACUGAUAGGGACUUUAGCACCAGCUCUGCCCCAGGCUGAUGGAGGGCACCCCAUGCCUCUGCCCUUCCUGGAGUACCCUACAUCAUGCCGCAUACACUGUGCCCCUGGGGGAAUGAAGGGGCCAUGGCCCCCGACCUCCAGCUUAGACUGGUUGUGCCCAAAACCUGCCAAUGCAGGAACAGCUAUUCCUCCCUCCUGCUGCUGCUGCCGUGGGUUACUCUAUAAACCUUGCUGCUCAGCUGCCCUUAAA